AUGCGCUCCUCCAUCAGCUCCGUCCUCACCCUCGCGGCAACCGCCUCCGCCGCCGCGGUAUCCUCUCGCGCGGACUACGGCUACUGGGACUUCGCCGGCUCCGCCACCUACCCGGUCAGCGGCUACACGUCGUACCACGUCGACGCGACGUAUCACAACAGCGAGCUCGAGGCACCUAUCGAGGUGACUUGCAGCUAUCUCUACAACCCCCGUGACAAGACCGAGACGGCAUCGUGCUCGGACCCGAGCUUCACGUACGACUUUGGUGGUGUCCGCCAGGCGAACACCGUUGCGAAUGUGACGCUGACGCAGACUGUCGGGCUCUGGGGAAGCAACGUCACCGUGAGAGGCACGAAGGAGUUUGAUUUCGAUUUCAGUGGUGGUGCCGGGUUUACGGGUAAUGCAGAGGGUACCAUCGAGGCUCAGACCGGUACGGCAUGA